GGUUGUAGAGUUUAAGGCCUCCAUGGAGCUAACACUCAAAUAAACGUUCUGAAUCAGUCAGCCACCGACUGGGAGAGAAGGGGGUGUACGCGGCGGGUCGGUGUUGCAGCCUCCGUCCCAAAACAGCGCACAAAGGGGGCGAGCUAGAGAGUGAGUGCGGGUCACAGAGACCAGGAGCUGGGCUCAUACAAUGACAUCCAGGAGGUGGUUUCACCCUAAUAUCACUGGUGUUGAAGCAGAAAAUUUGCUACUUACCCGAGGAGUGGAUGGAAGUUUCUUAGCUCGCCCCAGUAAGAGUAAUCCAGGAGAUUUCACAUUGUCUGUGAGGCGGAACGGAGCUGUGACACACAUAAAAAUACAGAAUACUGGGGAUUAUUAUGACUUGUAUGGAGGGGAAAAGUUUGCAACAUUGGCUGAACUUGUUCAGUAUUAUAUGGAACACCAUGGGCAACUGAAAGAAAAGAAUGGUGAUGUUAUUGAACUGAAAUAUCCACUAAACUGUGCAGACCCAACAUCUGAGAGGUGGUUCCAUGGGCAUCUUUCAGGGAAAGAAGCAGAGAAGCUGUUGACAGAGAAAGGUAAACAUGGAAGCUUUCUGGUGCGGGAAAGCCAAAGCCACCCUGGAGAUUUUGUCCUUUCGGUACGGACAGGUGAUGACAAAGCAGAAAGCAAUGAUGGAAAGUCCAAGGUGACACAUGUUAUGAUACGAUGCCAGGAUUUAAAAUAUGAUGUUGGAGGGGGAGAGAAAUUUGACUCUCUGACAGAUCUCGUGGAACAUUAUAAAAAAAAUCCUAUGGUUGAGACUUUAGGAACUGUACUGCAGCUAAAACAGCCACUGAACACAACGCGGAUUAAUGCUGCAGAAAUUGAAAGCCGGGUAAAGGAACUUAGCAAGCCAGCAGAGACUGCAGAUAAAUUUAAGCAAGGAUUCUGGGAAGAAUUUGAGACUUUACAACAGCAAGAAUGCAAACUGCUGUAUAGCAGGAAAGAGGGACAAAGACAAGAGAACAAAAAUAAGAACCGAUACAAGAAUAUAUUACCUUUUGAUCACACAAGGGUUGAGCUUCACGAUGGGGACCCCAAUGAACAGGUCUCUGAUUACAUCAAUGCUAACAUUAUUAUGCCUGAAUUUGAAACAAAAUGCAACAAUCCCAAACCCAAGAAACGCUACAUUGCUACACAAGGCUGCCUACAAAAUACAGUGAAUGAUUUUUGGAGAAUGGUGUUUCAAGAAAAUUCCAGAGUUAUUGUCAUGACCACAAAGGAAGUUGAACGAGGAAAGAGUAAAUGUGUAAAGUACUGGCCAGAUGAGUUUGCUUUGAAAGAAUAUGGGGUGAUGCGUGUGAGGAAUGUUAAAGAAACUCCAGCUCAUGACUAUAUACUAAGAGAGCUUAAGCUUUCCAAAGUUGGGCAAGGGAACACUGAAAGGACAGUAUGGCAAUACCAUUUUAAAACAUGGCCAGAUCAUGGUGUACCAACCGACCCUGGUGGAGUCUUGGACUUUUUAGAGGAAGUACACCACAAACAAGAUGGUAUCGCUGAUGCUGGGCCUGUCGUUGUUCAUUGCAGUGCUGGAAUUGGACGGACAGGAACCUUCAUUGUGAUUGAUAUUCUUAUUGAUGUAAUCAGAGAGAAAGGUGUAGAUUGUGACAUAGAUGUCCCCAAGACCAUUCAGAUGGUGAGAUCUCAGAGGUCAGGAAUGGUUCAAACAGAAGCACAAUACAGAUUUAUAUACAUGGCAGUACAACAUUAUAUAGAAACAUUGCAACGCAGAAUUGAAGAAGAACAGAAAAGUAAAAGAAAAGGGCACGAGUACACAAACAUUAAAUACUCACUCUCUGAGCAGGCAGGAGAUCAGAGCCCUCUGCCCCCUUGUACACCAACCCCGUUACCAACACCUACCCUUCCAGAGAUGAGAGAAGAUGCUGGCCGAGUAUAUGAAAAUGUGGGACUCAUGCAACAACAGAAAAGCUUCAGAUGAAGAUGGUGUAGAGAAGAGCGUACGUCGCUGUUACUGACUUGAAAACUGAGCAAAGGCAAGAGAAUGUGAAGAAAAGCAAUGGGAAUGAUCACAUCUAACUUUUAAAGGCUUAUUUCCUUUAAACAAAUGAUGUUAACUCCCAAAACUACGAAUAUAUUUAGGCUCAAUCUGGAAAUCCUUCUUGUCUUCUCUGCAUCACACGACAUGGACUGGUUCAUUCUUUACAUUGAGGCAUCUUCAUCUCUACAGUGUAGACAUGUAAUUUGUUGUCCAUCAACAGGACUGUUAUCCAGAAAUAUCUGUUCUCUUUAGCGUGCUCCUUGUUAAGGUAUUGUGAACGUUGUCGUUGGGCCUUAACUAGUUGGUUUAGAUGGUAAAACCUGAAUGCAUAAUGGGAACAAUUUUCUCUCUCCACUUGCACAGUGUUCAAAAGUACAUAACAUGAUAAGAAUUUGUAGUUUGUUGCCUAAACUCCAGUUUCUUUUCAUUAGAUGUGUCAGAUGGGAGAUGUUUCAAAUAGUGAUAUAAACACUUCUGUCAAUUUCCACUAAUGGUGCUCUUUUAUCUUUCUGAACCUUUUCCUUGUUCAACAAGAAGCCAGAAACAAAUUUUAUAUAGACAGAAUUGUAAGCCCAGUGCCAAUAAUGAAUGUUCUAUAACACAUAACUGCUUCAGAUGUAUGGAUUAUGUACUGAUCACAUCAAGUUUUAAAAGGCGUAGAUAUGCAGGAAAAUAAAAUGAAAGCAUUUAGAUGCACUUUAAUAAAAAUCUUCAUCUCUAGCCCAUAUGAUGGCUCUCAAGUCAGUGUAGACAACUGUGAUAAACGACAUAAAAAUCUCACCAGUGGAAACAGGCAAGAGGACCUUGCAUCACAGUCACCUUUUUGUGUUUUCAAUGAAUUACAGUACUCCCUUAUCAUUGCACUAUACAAAAUCUUGGAUAAAUCACCUGUUCUGCACCAUUCUAAUGGCAAGACCUUUUUUAAGCUUUCCCUUUAAAGUGCCUUUAAAGUCACGUUGAGUGUCGGCUGGCACCUGCUUCAGCUUAUUAUGAGGCUUCCCUGACUGCUGAUCUCAGAACCCCCAUAACGUGAACGCAGUCACUGUCAGUAUUCAUGUAUACCAACAUAUUCUGAUACUAGUGGGCUAGCCAACCUGUGUCUCUCGAGCCUUGAUAUACAGCACCUAACUUUCUCUGCCUGUUCAGGAUUAGAACAGAAAUGCUGGAGUGUCACAGAUUUGUUAUCCAUCCACUUAGUUUCUUCUACAGGUGAUUUAUCAUCUUUUAUUUCUUCUACGUAACAUAUACCAUCUCUCUGCUGCAGUUUACUGCUACUACUGCCAUUUUGCCUCCUCUCAUUACAGCACAUUCGUUUGCAGCUCAGAAGCCCAAGGUUUGCGAGACUUGAACUUUAUUGUGCCCAAGUUUCUGUAAUAGACUCCCACUCUAAUGUAAGGAUCUGCAGCACAAUGUCAAGACAAUAUUAUACAUUCACCAAGCAAAAUAGCAGCCAGCCUCUCAGUGCAGUGUUAUUAGUGCAGUCAAAUUGCAUUUGCACAUGUGUAAGUGAUGAUAAUGAGAGCGUUGGGUACUUAAUUACAUAGGCUGAGUUAAUAUUCUGUAUAGUUCAUACUAUGUUAUGCAAGAUCAUAAAUCAUGUAUCAGUGCAUUUUUUUUUAAAAGAAACACUGUAUUUAAGCCAUAUGCACUCAAAUUUUAAUGAGCAGAGUUGUCAAGUGCAGUGAUAACAGUUAUUUAUCUGUGUAACUACAGUCAAGAAAUGUAAAGAGUAUUCACUUCUAUUUUGUAUGUUCUCAGCUGCUUGUAUCGCAGUGGUAGAGAUUCAGAUAUAUUCAGCCAGAAUAUGUUUAACUAGUCAAAAACCAUAUGCUGGAUUUUCAGUGCUUUUUCAUAGCUGGUCCAAAACCAUGUCUGUAUGUGAAAUGCCAAAUUAAUUUUUCUAUGGGUAUUGGAGCUCAUAACUUAUUUGACCCAGUAUGGCUUUGAAGAGCACUUUGUAGGUUAGGGUCAAGAUGUAAAGGGAAAAUUAAUUAUUUUUUAAUAAAGAGGGUCUACAUUUAUUUAGCACCUUUCCUGUUAAUGACAAAUGGUUCCUUGUGAAAAUCAUUAUCAGUGUUAAUUUCCAUUUAUUUAGCUUAGUGCUGUUCAGAUUUUUCUGGCCCACAGACAAUUAUGUUUAUAUGUCACAUGGAUAGAUCUAGGUAUAAUAAACUUAAAGCCCUUUUGUAAGCUUGGAUUAAAAAAAAAAAAAAAAAAAAAAAAUAUCCACUUGGAGGGCUGCAUGCAACCCUUGGGCCUCCCAGAUGUUCAACCAAAACUGACCCUAAAAAGUAAGAGUAUAACAUAGUACUGAUCCCUUAGCUGCAGUAUGCAUAGAGCAGAGUGAUCUAAUGCAAUGGCUGAUGGUACACAGGGUGCAUCUUGGCCAGUGGUCAAGCUCCCAAAUCUACCACUGCUGCUUUGAGAAAUGCGUGGUCGGCUGGUAAUGGUACUUUUCAGACCCAAAAGGUUCUAACGAAAAUAUACAACCUAAUCUAUCAUAUUAGAAAUAUGUUUUCCUUUUUAUGUGAUUUUUACCAUCAUAAAACCAUCACAACAUGAGCAAAAACUAUACUUUGACUUCACUUUUUUUUUACGAUUUUUUAAAAAAAAUGUACAUUUUCUAUUGGCGUGUUAUUAUUUUGCCAAACUGCUGUGUUUUACCUCCAGUGGCAUUGUUUAUAAAAGGGAAAUUAACUUAAAAUAUGAAUGUCUUUUUUUUUAAAGCUUCUACUAGUUAAUAUGAUAUUUGAAAUGCAUUAUUUUUAAUCUAUCAGUAUGCCUUAGAAAUGUUAAGGGCUGCACUCUUUCUUAUCGCUGUAAUCAGAGAUCUGUUUAUGAAAUUUAGAUUAGCAUAGAAAUGGUACCACAGCUACAGAGAUAGGUGGGGAGUAUAAUAUUGCCUCUGUUCCAUAUAUUCUGCUGUAAGGGGCUGCUUAUUAGAGAUGGAGAACUUUAGUUAUCCUGAGCCCUGGAAUAUUGCAGUGUUUAUAGGCAAGUACAGCUGUGUCUGAGGUCUCUUUGGGUUUCUUAGAGCUGCUACACGUGGCCUCAUACUAGUUGCUAUGUCGGCUUUCAUAAAGAAACCUACAGUUAUGUUACCAUGUAGUGCUGAUUUUUUUUGUUUUAUUAAUGAAUGUUCUGAAUCACUCCAAUGUGUACGUGUCCAUUCCCCUUACUGGACAUCCAGUUAGCAGCUUUACUGGCAGUUCAUUGAUAUCUUCCCCCUUCCUGCAAGCAUAUCCAAUGUGCACUGAAAGGCUUUGGACUUUAGCUAGUUAAACUAUGGUACAUGUUAUGUAAGGGUCAGAAUGAUUUUCUAUAAAGUUUCAGGAGCUUUAGAUGAGAUUUAUUGAAAAACCCCCUUGGGUGAUCUUAAAACAUUAUUUUUAGAGAUUUUAUGAAGUGCUUUGUGGCUAUUUAAGGGGAAAGUUGCCCUUUUAGUAUGUUAUUGAUGGACCUGUUCUAAGCAAUAUUUCAAUCGAUCUUUAUUUUUACUAUUUUAGAAUCCUGUUUUGCCUCUUUCCGGUCUGAAAAUGAAAAUGCCAUCUGACCCCUGGCAACCAAAACUCAGGUUGCCGUGAUUUUUUAGGGUUUAGGGUUGUUCUUAUUUUUUUAUUGGUUAGAUUAUUUUUAUUGGUUAUAUUUUUUUAUUAAUCAUCCAUUUUGACUUUCCUCUGCUACAUGGUUACUAAGGUAAUUAAGCAUUAGUAACCAGGCAGCUGUUAAAAUUCCAUUCAUAAACUAUAAAUAGAAAUAAAAGAAGAUCAAUUGCAAGUUGUUUUUAAAUGACACUGUCUACAUCAUACUAUGAACUGCUCCUUUUUGUGUUACUAUUUAAAAUCCGCAAUAGGCUACCGUUGACACUCCAGCUUAUUAGGAAAUGCAACUCUUUUUAGCCUGUUCAGCUUCACAGGCAGAGGGAUUCUGGCAGUAUUCGUUCUACUGCACCUAGAGUGCCAAAAGUUGGUUAUUCAUGCUUUCAACUGGCAUUAUGUCAUGGAUGUAACAUCUGUGUUUGUGCAUUUGACUGAUUGUAGAUUUCCAUCAUUUUUGUUUGAUUUUCUUCAUGAAAACGUGAAAUUUUAUGCUUGAAUAUUUGUUUAUCUUGUAUCUUUAUUUGAAUUUCCCUUUGGUUGUUACAGUUGAGCACAACUUUGUUUUAUCACCAGCAGAAAAUUAGCUUAUAAGCAGAAAAUAAACAAACAAAAGACAUACACCAGGAAUAUAUCCCAGAGGUAAUGCAUAAUUGAUUCCCCAUUGAAGCACUUAUACUUCCAUAAUACAUUUUCUUUGAAGAACUGAACAGUUCACCAAGUGAGAACUUUAACACAAUUGCCUUUUUAAUGAUAAUGAUGCCCUCCUGCAGUAAUUGGUUUUCAGCAUUGUUCCUUUUUCACUCAUUUUCAGCACAAAGAUAGUUUUAGCACCAUUAAGGAAGUGUUCCCACAAACUGCGUAUAAGUAAGUAGUGCACUUUAACCAAAUUUAAAAUAGAUUUAGCAAUUUAUUCCUAUAUGUAGCCUUUAUAAUCCCUUAAACUUCCUUAAUCCAUUUGAGUUUUGUCGUAGAAUUCAAAUUCUGGCAAUAACACAUGCAUCUUUUUAGACGUGACAAAUCUGUCUAUGGGACCAUUGGUUGGAUAUUGGUACAGGUUAACAUCAGGUAAAGUACACUUGGUAUUCAGCAUUAGCCAGUUACCCUUUCUCUGCUCUGAAAUGGGUUAUUGGUCUGUCUGGGAUUUAGUCUUGCUCAGUUGCUUUCACAUAACAGCUUUAUAUGUCUGCUAACACAGUAUGGAGGUGCAAGCUUACUUACCUUUAUAGUUUUUGCACAACAACCCAACUGUAAGAAUCUGC